CAACAUUUGCAAUGUACAUAUAUAAUGCAAAAAAAUUGUUUACACUUUAGUUACAGUUUAGUUCACACAUCCAUACCAUUUGGUACCUACAACCAAAAUGGCGUCAUCACUUAAGUCAUUCUAUACUGGUAAAAACAUUCUACUCACAGGUGGUACUGGUUUUAUGGGCAUAACAAUGGUUGAAAAAUUGUUGCGUUCUUUUCCGGAAGUUGGCAGUAUUACUAUGGUUGUGCGUGACAAAAAGGGCGUCACUGUUGAAGAACGCAAAAAUUCUUAUUUUAACCAUAAAGCGUUUGACAGACUUAAGAAAGAAAAUGGCGUUGAUCAUAAUAAGAUACAGUUUGUCCAAGGUGAUAUUCAAAAAGGAAAUCUGGGAUUGUCACAUGCUACAAUUGAAAAAAUACAGGAUGAAAUAGAUUUGAUUGUUCACGGUGCUGCAAUGCUCAAUUUUAGUUUACCAUUAAAGUUUUAUAUUGAUUCUAAUGUACGUGCAACGCAUGAUUUACUUAAAAUUGCUGAAGGAUGCAGAAAACUAAACGGUUUUAUGUACAUAAGUACAGCUUUUUGUCAAACAAGACGCGCUGGGAACCAUACUACUGAGACCGUAUUGGAACACCCUAUAUCUCCUGGAGAAUUAUUACAAAUGGCAUGUCGUAUGACUUCUGACGAAAUGGAGGCACGUUCAAAUGAAUUAACAUUUGACUGGCUUAAUUAUUACAUGUAUAGCAAGAAUGUAACUGAAAAUAUGAUCAGCGAGUUUGAACGGAAGUUUCCCAUCGCUAUUUUUCGCCCAGCAGUUGUUGGUCAUUCUUAUGCUGAGCCAUCGCCUUAUUUCAUGGGCAAUGAUGUUGGUUUUCCUAAAGUUUUAAUGGAAGCAGGGAAAGGAUUGACAUUCUUCUGUAAUACUCUUGCAAACGCCAACACUGUACCAGUUGAUUUGACAGUUUACGGGGCGAUGGCAGCACUAUACAAUACAUCAAAGAAUAAGGGCUUAAAAGUAUACAACUACACGACAAAUAAUCACCCUUGCACAUUCUCUGAUGCGUUCAGAUUAUAUUCAAGUGGUGUCCCGGAUUAUGAAUCAGUUUUAGUUCCGUACAGAUAUAAAUUAAUGACAAUGGAUAACGUAACACCCGGUAGCAUUGAAGAGAAAUACCGGAAGCAGUUGGAUUUCUAUUACAAAUUCCAAGAAAAAAUCGGCUGGGUAUUGAAUACACCGUGGACGUACGAGAAUGAAAACAUUGACGCCCUCUGGUCACAAAUGAGUGAAGUAGACAAAGCGCUGUUGCCAUUUGACGUGCGGGCUUGCGAUUGGCCAAAAUAUUACACAAAUAUGUUUGCUAAACAAUUCGGACCUUUCGCGUUUCCGGAAUUUGAACAUCUCACCGAGGAAAAACGCGCUGAAUUACGAGAGAAAUUUUUCUACAAACAUUAUUUAAACUAUUAGGAAUAUUAUUAUUAUUAUAAACAUAAAAUUUAAAACAUAACAGAAUAACAUAUUAUACAUUGCUUUAUA